AUGAAAACAACUACACCUAAGCCUCGGACAAGAUUACAUGGAUUCAAGACUGGUUUAUGGAAACGGAAUGCUGAUUUUAAGAUUGCGACAUGGAAUCUGACAAGUAUGUAUAAAACAGGUGCAAGUCAAAAUUUAGUUGAUGUCCUUAACACCUACAACAUUAAAGUAGCAGCCAUACAAGAAAUAAGAUGGUUGGGAGUAGGACAACUAACGAUAGGAGAGUACACAAUUUUCUUCUCAGGAAUGGAGAAUACGCAUCACUUCGGUAGCGGUUUUGCAGUUCAUAGGAUAUUAGUACCGUACAUUAAAGAAUAUAAUCCAGUAUCCGAACGGAUAUCGACAUUAACCAUCAACACUAGCCNGACAACUAACGAUAGGAGAGUACGCAAUUUUCUUCUCAGGAAUGGACAAUACGCAUCACUUCGGUAGCGGUUUUGCAGUUCAUAGGAUAUUUGAAUCGUGAAUUAAAGAAUUUAAUCCAGUAUCCGAACAGAUAUCGACAUUAACCAUCAACACUAGCCCAAUUAAUGUUUGUUUAAUAAAUGGUCAUGCACCAACGGAAGUAAAAGAUGACAAUGCGAAAGACAUCUUCUACGACGAACUGACUAAAACAUAUGAGAGUAUCACUGGGAACGUGAUAAAGAUUGUAUUAGGUGACUUCAAUACAAAAUGUGGACACGGGAACCACAGUACUUCCCUUGUAUAGGGAAGGAAAGUUUGCAUAGUAACAGCAACGACAAUGGUCAACGAUUGAUAGCGUUUGCAAUAUCAAAUGGGUUGACUGUUAGUAGUACCACGUUCCCACAUAAAAAUAUUCAUAAAGUCACGUGGAGAUCACCGGAUGCCAAAACCCUGAACCAAAUAGAUCACGUCCUCAUACAAACUAGAUAUCGUAGUACCAUUCACGACGUAAGAAGUCAUAGAGGCGCCGAUUGUGACACGGAUCACUACUUGGUGAUCGCCAAACUUAGAUCAAAGCUAAAAAGCCAAUCGAGAUUAAAACAAGGCAAAAGAGCUAAAUUGAACCUAGAGUUACUUAAAGAUGAAAACGUCAGAAANAUUUUGAAGAACUACUAA